AUGGCGCCACCCUUGCAAUCAUGGAUGAUAAGAGCUCUCGAGAAGCGGCAAGAGAAUGGCGAGACCAUCGAGCUAUCGGCGGAGGGCCGAGCGGAGCUGGUGGAGGAGAAGGAGAUGCCGGUGGUGGACUGCACCUGCUUUGGCCUGCCGCGCCGCUACAUCAUCGCCAUCCUCUGCGGCCUCGGCUUCUGCAUCUCCUUCGGCAUCCGAUGUAACCUGGGAGUGGCCAUCGUCAGCAUGGUCAACAACCACACCGUCUACAAGGGCGACCGACCAUACGUAGUGAAAGCCCAGUUCAACUGGGACCCAGAGACAGUGGGCUUGAUCCACGGCUCAUUCUUCUGGGGUUACAUUGUCACACAGAUCCCUGGUGGGUUCAUUUGUCAGAAAUUUGCAGCCAACAGGGUGUUUGGCUUUGCAGUAGUUUCCACGUCGAUCCUGAACAUGCUGAUUCCCUCAGCAGCCAGGGUUCACUUCGGCUGCGUCAUCAUGGUCAGAAUAUUGCAGGGCCUUGUCGAGGGAGUGUCUUACCCAGCUUGCCACGGUAUCUGGGCUAAAUGGGCUCCACCUUUGGAGAGGAGUCGUCUGGCAACAACCGCGUUUUGCGGCUCCUAUGCGGGUGCUGUGGUGGCGAUGCCGCUGGCUGGUAUCCUGGUGCAGUACGCCGGCUGGUCCUCUGUCUUCUACGUCUACGGCACCUUUGGGGUCUUCUGGUAUAUCUUCUGGAUCAUGGUGUCCUAUGAGAGUCCGGCAGCCCACCCCACCAUCACCCCCGAGGAGAGGCAGUACAUUGAGGACGCCAUCGGAGAGUCGGCCAAAUUUGCCAACCCAGUCACGAAGUUCAACACUCCCUGGCGUCAGUUCUUCACCUCCAUGCCAGUGUAUGCCAUCAUCGUGGCCAACUUCUGCCGUAGCUGGACCUUCUACCUGCUGCUGAUCAGCCAGCCAGCGUACUUCGAGGAGGUGUUUGGCUUCGAGAUCAGCAAGGUGGGUAUCGUGUCUGCGUUGCCUCACCUGGUCAUGACCAUCAUCGUGCCCAUCGGGGGCCAGCUAGCCGACUACCUUCGGGAGAACAACAUCAUGACCACCACCAACGUCCGCAAACUCAUGAACUGUGGAGGAUUUGGGCUGGAAGCCACGUUUCUUUUGGUGGUGGGGUUCUCUCAUACUAAAGGAGUGGCCAUAUCUUUCCUGGUCCUGGCAGUAGGCUUCAGUGGAUUUGCAAUAUCAGGGUUUAACGUCAACCAUUUAGACAUCGCCCCACGGUACGCCAGUAUUCUCAUGGGCAUCUCCAACGGUGUGGGCACCCUGUCAGGCAUGGUGUGCCCUCUUAUCGUGGGGGCCAUGACCAAGAACAAGACACGGGAAGAAUGGCAGUAUGUCUUUCUCAUCGCCUCUCUUGUUCACUAUGGUGGUGUGAUCUUCUAUGGUAUAUUUGCCUCGGGGGAGAAGCAGCCGUGGGCCGAGCCUGAGAACUUGAGCGAUGAGAAGUGCGGCAUCCUGGACGAGGAUGAGCUGGCCAACGAGACGGAGGAGCUGUACAGGACGUCGGGCGGCGCGGGCUACGGGGCCGUCACCGACGCCAAUCCCAACGGGGGCGGGGGAGGAGGCGGAGGAGGUGGCACGGGCGCCUGGGUCAACGACUGGGACAAGACGGAAGAGUACGUACAGCCGGCGGGCACCAACAACUACCUCUAUGGAGGAGAGGAUGACAGGGAACUGACGUAG